AUGCUUCGCGGCAGAGGCUCGUGGGUCGGAUUGUCGACCCGGUUGAAACACUAUAGGAUCCGACGUCUCUGCAGUAAAGGGGAGAAGAAACCGGAGAAGACGGAAUCAAGUGUCGCUCAGUACAGCGAACCUGAAUCCAAUGUUGUUUCUCGUUACGAUGAGACGUACAAGAAACUCGAUAAGCUUGAUUUCGUGACAGCUGCGAAGAUCUUGUUCACUGAACCACCAAAGAAGAAUAAAUUUGGGCUUGACUGGCAUAUUGUGCAAUUCAUUAUCGUCUGCAUGCCCUCUCUAGCUGUGUAUCUGGUUGCUCAAUAUGCUCGCCGUAAAAUGAAGAUCAUGGACGCUGAACUUGGGGAGAAGAAGAAGAAAGAAGAUGAAAAGAAAGAGAAAGAAGAAGCUGAAAAGAAGGCCAUAGAAGAAGAAGCAGCAACCAAGUCUCAGGAUGAGCUAAUGGAGAUGAAAAAGAGACUGGAAAAAAUGGAAGAGACAAUAAAAGAGAUUGCUUUGGAUGCAAAGAAACCUUCAGGGAAUGCUCCAACCAAAACACAAGGAGAUCAAUCUACUAAACUCCCACCUAAAGAAGAAUCGAAACCGAACAAUGUUGAACACAAGGGCAAUAAUGUACAGAAGCCAGGUGAGAACCAAACAAAUGUGGAUUCUCCUAGGCCUCGGUGA